UUUUCCCUUUUUGUUCCUUCGUUUCUUCUCUCUUUCCUCCUUCCCCUAUAGCAUUCUUCCUCUUUUCCUAACACUGCUCAACCACCAGUUCUUUUCCGCUUCUUCUUUUCUUUGUCAUAACCCCAAUAUUCUCAUCUUCUUAAGAAAAAAAUUUAACUUUGUGUGCUACACUACAACCACAGUUAGAUUUUGACUUUGUUUCAUACAUAUUUCUGGUUUUUUUGUUUGAUUAAUUGUAUGGUUUUCUGGGUCAGUGAAUAUUGGAAAAUGAUUUGAAGAGUGAAAAAAUAGAUAUAAACAAAUAUGAGAACCCUUUGUGAUGUUUGUGAAAGUGCUGCUGCUAUACUAUUUUGUGCUGCUGAUGAGGCUUGUCUUUGUCGUGCUUGUGAUGAGAAGUGGUUCCUGUCUAUCUUGCGAGCACCUCGCCAAGUAUAAACUAUUUUCCACCAGCAUAGGUACGGGUACUCUGCCCCAAAGGCUUAGACAGGUGGGAAGAAAUCAAACCGGAGGUUUUUGUGUCUGUUGGGAUUGGAACCGUGGUCAUUUCAUCAAUUUCAUUGACCGUGAGGCCCACACAAUUGGAUGUUCUUCAUAACACUUUUCUCUGGCCAGUGGUGUAUUUUCCAAUGUGUAGUGUGGAAACUUCUUCAUAUUUAGCACUGGCUUAUUGUCUCGCCUAUAUCUACAUGCCCUUUUACUUAUUCUUGGUUGCCAAGACGCUUCUAGUGUUUGGAAACACAAAAAUAAAAUACAAGUUGUAGGAUGUUACAUGACCUUAAUAAGGUUAGAAGACCCUGGCGCAUUUGGUCCAUAUGUGCAACAAGCUUGCAAGUCGACAUGUACGGGUUGGGCUUGCUGACCCCAGUAAAAUCCAACGUUGUGACAUAUGUGAAAAUGCACCUGCUUUCUUUUAUUGUGAGAUCGAUGGAAGUUCCCUUUGUUUGCAAUGUGAUAUGAUUGUCCAUGUUGGAGGUAAAAGAACCCAUGGAAGAUAUCUCCUUAUAAGGCAGAGAAUUGAGUUUCCAGGGGAUAAAUUGGGCCCUUCAAAUGAACUAGGAUUGCCAUCUACUGAACAAGGUGAUGUAAGGAGGGAGCCAGCACAGCCCUUUACGCUCCCUAUGAUAGAAAACCACCAAUCAAACAGGGAAACUGCUAAGGCAGGGCUAGAAAAUAAUGUGAAUAGUAGCGUGAAAAUGGAGAAUGAGUUGAUUGACCUUAAUUCCAGACCUCAAAGGAUGCACGGUCAAUCGUCAAAUAAUCAGGAACAAGGAAUGGACAUGCUUAGUGGCAGCAAUCAUGAGUCAGUCAGCGUUGUUCCUGAUGGACCCUUCAAAAGAGAGCCAGAGAAGUGAUCAAGAUGUGAGAUUGCCGCUGCCCUUCCAAAAUUCAAACUUGAAUUAUGAAUUGGAGCUGCCGGCCCUAGCUGAGUUCUGUAAAAUGUCAGAGCUUUAAGCAAGGCGAAGCGUUUGAACUAGUCAGGACCAAGUUGAGUUUUCUCUUGGAGUGAAGAGCACUCUGAAGUUCAUUAUUCAACCACUUCCAUGCCUAUAUUUCAAGAUGAGGAUCAGAAAGAAGUUCUGCCAUCUUUCUUUUGAGGAGAGGAUAAGGCUGCAAUCACCACAUUUACCUCUGUAUUUUCUUGUACUGAGUAAUGGGAAAAACAAUCUUUACAGAUUCAAGAUGAACUGGGACACUAAUGUAGUGUUGUCAUUCAUUACAUUGUACUAGUUUUUAGUCAUGAAUUUUUAGUCUCAUCUGGUUUGUAUUUGUCUCUAUAGCAAUUCUGUUAUUAGACUUCAAAAUCAUUCAAGGUUGAAGCCAAGGGUAUAUCGGAAACAGCCUCUCUAUCCCACUAGUGGGAUUUUACUGGGUCUUUGUUGUUGUAAUCAUUCAAGGUUGACACAAACUAUUGGGGAGUAAUUGAACCACCCAAGAAUCAAUAUGACUGUCACCAACUCAGAAA